CAGUACUGUACAAGAGGCUGUGAGUGCAGUGUUGCCAAGGGAACAGUCUGUUAUCUCCAAUGUGGAUUAAACAUUUAUAUUGUUGUGAUCAGUGGCUUGAGUCAGCUCCAGCUUCAUGAUGGUGGUGAGAUGAAACUGUUCAAUGCCUGUGUGACCCUACGGCCGUGGCUUCUGCUAUUGGUCAUUCUCGGAGUUUGGUCGGAACCGAACCCGACCUGUCCCAAGCUUUCGGUCAAUCCCAGCUGCCCGUGCUACAACUUCGAGAAUGGCAUCUUCCUGGAAUGCCCAGGACCAAACAAGGAAACUGUCCAACGCAUACUCGAGCUCAUCACAUCACCGAUUCAAUCCCUCAGCAUCUAUGACCUUGAUAAAUCGGUGACAGUGUUGUCGGGGGACUUCUUCCCCAGUUUUACUCGAAUAAACCAACUACAGAUAUCCCAGAGCAGCCUGAAAGUGCUGCAAGAGGAUGCCUUCUCUACUAUUAAAGUGAGCUUGGAUUCGUUAAGCAUAAUAGCGGGAAAGUUGGAGCAGAUUCCUCAAAAAUCCCUUACUGGACUUACGGUGCUGAGAAGUUUGGACUUGGAAUCUAACGAGAUAACCGAUUUGCCAAGCUAUAGCUUUUACGGUCUCCAUCUUACGAAGUUAAACAUGAAGGGAAAUAUGUUACAGAGAACUUCUGAGUACGCCUUUGCAGGGCUCGAAGCGACACUAACAGAAUUGGAUCUAUCAGAGAAUAAAUUAAAUUUUUUCCCAAUGGCUUCACUUAGGAGACUGGAGCAUCUAAGAACUCUCAGGUUAGCUUGGAAUGAAAUUGGGUCUAUUCCCGAUGACGGUUAUUCAAAACUACAAGGGUUGACUUUCCUGGAUCUGAGCUCAAAUAACUUUGAAGCCAUUAACAGCGAUGCAUUUCGUCCUUUACCGUCAUUAAAGACACUGUCGCUUUAUUACAAUGGUAUAGAAAGUAUUGACAAGGAAGCUUUUGUUUCUUUACAGAGCCUCGAGUCAAUUGAUCUGAGUCACAAUCGAGUGGUGUUUCUUGAUGCUUCUACUUUCAAAACAAACAAAAGACUUAAGACUAUAGAUUUAAGCCACAAUCAUAUUCACUAUAUUAACGGGGUAUUUGAAAACCUCCCGGAUCUAAGAGAAAUUUUCCUAUCAGAAAAUAAUAUUUUAGAAAUACCGAAAGAUGCGUUUACAAACUCCAUAAUGUUGACAGUAAUAUAUCUUCAACAAAAUGCAAUUAGGAGGAUAGACGAAGAGGCUUUGACAUCUUUGACGUCCCUUACCCAACUGUUCUUAAGCGAUAAUUUCAUUGAAUACUUUCCCCGUAAUCUGUUAAACGGAAGUACUCAGCUAUUCUCGCUAAGCCUUGAUAGUAAUUGGAUCCACAGUUUGGAACCAGGCACAUUUCAGAAGGUGAAUGAGCUUAAAGAGCUUCGUCUCCAGAAUAAUCGGAUUGCUAAGAUUGAGCGCGGUGUUUUCGAACCACUGCCAAAUCUGUUAGAGCUUCAUCUGCACAAUAAUCUGAUAACGAGGAUAGAAGCAGGUGCUUUUCACAGCCUGCAAAGUCUUCAGCAUGUAAAUUUACAGGGAAAUUUGCUCACUACUCUAGGAGACGUAUUUCUUCAUGAAACACCGUCGUUGGUUUCUAUUCAACUUGAUUCAAACGGAUUGACUUGGCUUCACAACGACUCUCUGCAAGGACAGUCGAGUGUGCAGAUUAUGUGGUUAGGACACAAUAAGCUAACUAAGCUAGACCGAACUUUGUUCAGAGACUUAUUGCUUAUCCAGCGCGUCUAUUUAACUAACAAUAGCAUAUCGCAAAUAGAAGACGGCACAUUUGCACCCAUGCAAGCACUGUUAUUUUUGGAUUUAAGUCUUAAUAAAUUGAAAUAUAUAUCCGUUAAAAUAUUUUGGGAUCUUCAUGAGCUCGAAGAAUUAUAUUUGUCAAACAACGGGAUAAGACAUAUCGAAGCUAGAGCCUUGACAUCAUUAAAAAAACUUAGGAUCCUGGACCUGUCUGAAAAUGAGAUAAUUGUUCUACACGAACAUAUUUUCCAAGAGGGAUUGCCAAUUAGAGUAUUAAACCUAAAAAAUUGUUCAGUUUCAAAAGUUGACAAGGGUGCGUUUAGAGGAUUAAAUAACUUAAACGAACUAAACUUAGAGAACAACCGAUUGGAUGCUAACUCUUUAAGGUUUUUAGACAUACCAGGAUUAAAGGUUUUUAAAGUUUCUGGAAACAACCUAUCAGACAUUAACGUUAACACGUUGAGAGGGCUACCUCUUUUGCAGUAUUUAUCUUUAGACACUAACUCGAUCUUUAACUUGCCAUGGGAUGUAUUUGACUUUAACAAAGAUCUAGUGCGUAUAUCUUUGGCAGGUAACCACUUGCAAAACCUUCCAGAUAAUAUUUUUACGUCUCUAAAAUACCUAAGAGAAUUACGUUUAAACGAAAACGUUUUCAGUGAGGUUCCAUAUGUAGCGAUAAACGGAAGCAAUGCUCUUGAAAUCCUGGUUAUAUCAAGCAAUGAGCUAUCAACAGUUGACGUCUCUAAACUUACUGGACUAACUAAAAUUAGAGAAAUCCAGUUUCAAGAAAAUCGUAUAGGAUCGCUCACUGGCUUCGCAGCAGCCAAUUGGAGUUAUCUUGUGUCUAUGGAUCUGAGCAAAAACAGUCUUUCAGCAUUACCUGCAAAUUUUUUACAUUUUGGUUCAACAGUAAGAAGAUUAGACCUAUCUCAAAACAAAUUUAGACAGAUUCCUACAACUGCUCUCUCGGAGCAAAACCUACCUGCAUUAGCUUGGCUGAACCUGACGCAGAAUCCUUUAACACAAGUCCACGAUCUGUCUUCCGCGCGUCUUUACCCAUCGCUAGAAGAGAUUCACAUAAGUGGUACCAACCUUACUAUAGUUACCAGUAAGGACUUUGAAUCAUUUCCUUCUUUACUUCAUCUAUACCUUAGGAAAAACCGGAUAUCUAGGGUUUCUCCGGGAGCAUUCAAGUCUCUACCGAAUCUACUGACCCUUGACCUAGGAAUAAACGAGCUAGAGCUCAUACCACAAGAGAGACUGCAGGGUUUGAGUCAUUUAAGGCUGUUUAACUUGAGCCAUAACCGAUUAAGAGAUCUUGAAGACUUCCCGAGUGAUCUUAGGUCAUUGCAAGUGUUGGAUUUAUCGUAUAACCAAAUCACAAGAAUAUCAAAAGGGACACUCAAACAUUUGCUGAAUUUAGCAGAACUCCACAUUUACGGCAACUGGAUAUCUUUUGUUGCUGUCGAAUCAUUCAAACCAUUAAAGAAGCUCCGAUUGUUAGAUCUCAGCAGAAACUACCUGGAGAACCUCCCCCUAAAUGCAUUCCGCCCACUAGAAACGCAGAUUAGGAGUCUCAAAACCGAAGAGAAUCCUCUUCACUGCGGUUGUGAACAGCAGGAGCUGUGGGAGUGGCUUAGGGAUCACCAAAAGCUCGUGGGUCUCACCAAGUCUAAUCUCAGGUGUGAACAUCCUCCAGAGCUCCGUGGCCUCCUUUUCCUGGAACUGGAGCCUCCACGGUUCUGCUCUGCCCCUCUGGUUCUCAAACUUGCUAUCCAGGACAUUCAGCCUUUCAGUGUCCUCGUUUCAUGGCAAAGUCGCAACCACUCCGGCCUACAUGGAUAUAGGGUCGCGUACCAUGCUUUGGACAAGAAAGGACCUGCUGGAAGAGAGGCGGUCCGUGGAAAGUUCCUGGACAGAUCAGCAAGGUCAGUGAAACUGGUCAGGCUGUUUCCUGACACACGCUACCUGAUCUGUGUUCUUGGGCUGGGCAGUUGGGGCCCACCCCUCAGUCGCCAGCAGGCCAACAUGACCGGUGAAGUGCUCUUGGGGGACCCUGUGCCACACCUCACUGACUCCCAGAUGAGCCGGUGUACCGAGGUGCGCACUCUGGAGGGGGAAGAAGGUCUAGAGAACCAAGACCGUGGGAGAGGAUCCAUCCUGACUCGUCGUCUGGGUCUGAUCGUCGGUAGUUGCAUGGGGUUUGUCGUCUUCAUCGUCCUGGUCUCCGUCCUGGGCUAUCUAAAGCUAAAAAAACAGAGGGAAUGUGCUAAGAGAGAACAGCCAGGCCCUGCAGAGUAUCUCUCCUACAGACACUUCUCUCUGCAGACCGUAGACCCUCUAGGACCCUCCUAGCAUAUUGCCAAUCCCUUGGAAACCUCCACCAAGGGAUGUGACCUGUACAUUUAACCCCUGCAUUUGUGUAAGUUAACGUAUGCAGUACGAUCAAGACUAUACAAUUGUUUGCUUAAAAUGUGUUACUAAGGAUCUAUUUUGUCAGGACUAGGAUUUUAAACAAAUGAUUCCAUCUUAUAGAUAAAAUAUUUAAGUACGCUUCGUAUUUGAUCGAAUAUGUUAUUUUCAGAAUAGAGCUUUUUCAUGAUUUUACUAUUGUAGCUAUGUUAUAUUGACCCGUUUAGUGUUAAAAACACAUUUUGAAAAUUAUAUCCGUGGUGCAGAAAGGUGGUAAGACGCAGUGUGUAUCGUCAUAGCCGAUCUAUAGCUGAGAUAUUUACUCAAUCAACAUGAUUGUUUGUCUAAGCACUGCCCAAACUUUAGUUAUGGCAUUUCUAUGACGUCUACGGGAUUUUUCAUAAAAAGUAUGUUAGGUGGUAGGUUUUUUAUUUAUACAGUUUUGAGAUGAAAUACAAGCUGUACAAAUGUUGUAGGAGUCACUUACUUCUUCGUAAAUCGUUAUGUUUUUAAACUAGCUUGGCUCCUGUUUUGAACAUGUGUAUAUCUAGAAUUAAAAAAUGUAAUGGUAGGUCGUGGAUGUCUACGGAUUUUUGAUUGACUUAAUUCAGACAUGCGUCCACUAGUUUUUAUGACAAGGUGCCAAAGGGAGUUAAAUUGACUUUGAAAUGUAUUGUUAAUAUGUAAAAAACUACUUUCGACCCAAUUAAAUUAUUUCUAUAAUUUACUGUUCCAAAUUAAACAUACGAAAGUUAUGAUUAUUAGGUGGCAUUAAAGAACGACGUGAUUCAUUCUUACUGUGAAUCACUUAUCAUGUCACAUAGUAAAUGUCACAGAGCAAUCAUUUUAAAUUUAACUAUAUAAGUUGGUGUGACAUUUUAUGAACUUAACCCAAUUAAACAUGUAUCUAUAAACCGUAAAGUGUAGAAUUAACAGAUAAUUCCUAUCUAGGGGAUUGCAACAGUUAGCCUACGGUAAAACAUAGUCGUAGUCACUACUUUUAACCUCACCGAGUCCACGUUUUAUAUAAUAUUAUGUGUUUGUAUUUUUAGUAUUUAUUACCGUACGAUAAGACGAUGGUGUUAUGUAAUAUAUUUAGUAAAAGAGAUCUGUGUACAGUUAUUUGUAAGGUUUUGUGCUAAAGACGAAACGGGUAGUAUCCGAGUUUGAACGAACAUGAAACAAACAUCCUAUAAAGAGAAAUUGUAACAACACCAAAUAAUACGUAUAAUACACUUUAGUAGACUGUUUUAUUUAUUCUUUGAGGAUAUGUAUACUUUUUCAUUAUUGUAAAAAUAAAUGUAAUUUAGGGACAUCAUAUAGAUAUGUCAAGAAUUUACUCUCAGCUUAUGUGUAUAAAUGUUGUGAACCUUAAUGUAUAUAUUUGCUCAAUUGUAUGGAUACUAACAAAGAUAUGUAUUUAAAUGUAUCCAAUUUUGAAUAGUUUGGGGAAAAGGUCGGGUAUUUAUACAUAGCAGUGCUUUUUUAAAUUCAAAAUACGGAACUAAGUAAAUUUCAAAAAUUUAAUCUUUUCUUAAAACUUUUCCGUCGCUCAUAUAGUACAAUAUCAGUCUACAAAUUUACCAUAUGAUAAUAGGGUAAAUAUUAAUGCAUAUUGUAGCUAUUGUUCUCAUACUUCAAUGGCCAAUUUUCAAUUAGGACGACUAUUGUUUAUGUUUAUCAUAAAAGAGUACAUAACUAAUUAUAUUUUUAUUUGUAUUAGCUAUCUAAAUGUUGUAUUUUUGUCGACUAACUAAAGUUUUUAUAUCGAAUAAAUUCGCCAUUUUAAAAGGACGUAAUUAUUUAAAAUGGUGUUAAUAUAACUAACUAUUGUUUGUGUAUGAGGUCCUACUGUUUAUAAUUUUUACAACGGAAUUUCUAUACAAACUUAUUAAAUUAAUAAUUAAAUAACGCAACAGUAUAAAAUCCCUAUGUCGAACUACGUCAUUAUUCAGUGUUACGGCAUGUUUAAAUAUUGUUUUAUUAACUCAUGAAUAUUUAAAAACAGGCUAAAACAGUUCAUACUGUAUUUUUUAAUGUCUUGAUCAUGAAGGAUUUAUUAGAACAAUUGCUUUUAAUAAAACAAUAGAUAUUUUAAAAAAGCAAUUGUAAAAAAAAAAAAAACGUCUGUGGCUAAUUUUCAUGUGUUGUAUAUUUUCUCAAAUUAUCUAAAUGAUAAUAGUCUUGGACAAAAACAGCUUGUAAAUACAUGUUGUCUUUUACGUAUUCACAAAAAUCGGAUACUUGUUUUAUCAUUCCAAUUUCAUGAUUGCAUAACAUAGAAUAUUUGCAGUUUAUCAAAGUAAAUAACAUUAGUACAAGUUAUUCAAGAGAUUCGUGAAAUAUAUUUUUUUAUUUAAGAGUUUAUAACGACGUAGAAUAAUUUUAAAUACUAUACAUGUUUCAAGCAGAUGUCGCAUUGUAUUUAAAAUAUGUAACAAAAAAAUAUAAGUGUAAUAAUGUAGGUAGCGAUUGUUAUUGAACGUAAAAGCAAAUUUAUUUUAUUCAUUGCUGUGUGACUGUUGAAUUUGGUAACUAUUGUACUCCUAUAAAAACUGUUACGUUUAUUAACUAAUAAA